AUGCUAUUGUUUUGUUUUUUACAUGUAUACGUGUUAGUUAUAAGUGCUUCAGAACCCGAAGAUAGUAAAACGGAAAGUGGUGUCGUGAACGAAGUUGUUAACGUGAAGAGCGCCUUCGCGAAGGGAGGUGUAUCAACCUCGCUGCUAACAAUAGUACCUAACGCGUCAAACAAAUCGGCAAUACUAUUUAUGGGAAAUAAGAACUAUUCGAUGGGAGUGGAUUCCGUAGGUAACUUCUCGUUCAACGCCCAGAACACGCCAAUGUUCAUAAUCGACAACAAUCAGACUAUAUCGAUGCAUAUGCCAACGUUUUCAGCAAAGUAUGCGAAUGUGAUGCAGAUGAACGUUGAGCUCGGAGGAGACCUGAUAGUACAGGGCGUCGCCCAGUUCAGAAUGAUUUGGCGGGAAGACUUUUCGGAAGCCAAGGGAUGGAAUGGAACAGAAGAUCGGGGUUUCAAGCUGCUCGGGAGUACAGAUGUUGGGAGGUUUUAA